GCCAGGUGCUGCAGUGCUGGCUGUGAGAUAUGAGGUGUUGUUGCUUGAUGUGAUCUGAUCCGUCCCUCCUUUAUUUGCAGGUCGAGGCGUCGUUUGUCAGAUUGUUUUUUGCUCGAGGUCGUUCGAUGUGCGGGGCACCAAGUGGUUACCAUCACCGGGCCGAAGAUGGUGGAUACUCGGACAAGGAGCUGCGAGCGGCUCCUUCGGCUUCUGAGCUUCAGCCAGGCCAGGCGCUGGUGCGGGUCUCCGCGGUGGGCGUCUGCGCCACAGACGUGGAGCUCUAUGACGGCACCAUGGGCUACUACCACUCUGGCCUGGCGAGCUUCCCACUGGUCCCUGGCCACGAGUGGGCGGGCGAGAUCCUGGCCCUGGGCCCCGGCGCACUUGACCCGCGGCUCCGCGUGGGGCAGCGGGUGGUCGGGGAGCACUGCACUGGCUGCGAGCCGGCUCCCAGGUGCAACGUGUGCCAGCGCCGGGGUGGGCUGCUGCGCUGCCCAAGGCGGAAGGAGACAGGCUUCUUUGGUCGGGACGGAGCUUUCCAGACAGAGCUGGUCUUCCCAGCAGCCCAGCUCCAUGCGCUGCCGAAGCAGGUGACAGACCUCGAGGCGGUCCUCGCUGAGCCCUUGUGCACGGCCUUGAAGGCAGUGCGCCUCGCAGACGUGGACUCAGCUCCGAAGACAAGUGCUGGACCGCGGGUGGCAGUGGUGGGAGAUGGCGCCGUAGGCCUGCUGCUGUUGCAAGCGCUGCGCUGGCGGCACUCGGCGCGGGUGCUGCUGCUGGGGGCGCGGAAGCAGCGGCUGCAGCGUGCCCGGGAGCUGGGGGCGGAG